AUGUCCAGAGAGGAUAAAGGCAUUGCUCAGUUGUUCAGUCCUUUAGUUUCAAGGAGAAUGGCGAAUCGCAACAGUGGCAAUGGUGUCUUUGGCGCCGGUGUCCAUGAUCCUGAUGGAUUGCUUGGUUCUGAUCCCCCUGAAAUGCAGUUGGCGCAGCGUACGUAUUCAGAAGAUGAGGAAGAAGUGCAAAUGGAAGAUCGUAACAACCGUACUGUUUCCUAUGCCACGAUGAAUCCAAAUGCGGCCAACAUGAAUGAGCGCAAUCAGCUUCUCCGUGAAGCCCAAGAACGUAUGCGUCGUGACCCCAGUCUCUUCCAACGUGUAUCGCAGAUGGAGGAGGAGUUGUUGACCAGCAGCGAUGAAGAUGAUGGAAUGGGAUUGUGCGAGAAACUGUACAAGAUGAAGGACAACUCCCAAGCUGUUUUGCUCUCGAUGGCCAUUGGUAUUAAAGCAGGAAAUGCAGAAGGCAGUCGUUGGCUCGCUGAUUUCGAAAAUGAUCCUAUCUAUAAGGAUCUUGCGCAGAGGUCACCAUUCAACCCCAAGGUCAAAGAACUUAAAGAGGAAAUGAAGCGACGUUCCCGUGUUCUGAAGGUCACUUGUCGCAUGCAAUCGGCACUUAAACCUGCUUGCUAUGAAUGGCUCAAGAAGAAUCCGAUUGUGGACAGAAGGGAUGUUGCUUUCCUACGAAAGGAGGAAGCAACCACUUAUGCACUUCUGAACGCUCAAGCAGAAGAGAUGCGAACAGCUGCCAGAGAGCGUCUUCAGAAUGCAAACUGGAAUUGUGCCCCUCCAUUUCUUCGCUUGUACUGUGCCAUGAUCCAUGAUGAAGCACGUGAAGCUCUGUUGGCAGAUGCUGCUGCCUGGACAAGGGAAGAAUUGGAUGCCCGCAAUCACGAAGAACGCCCUGAGACUUAUCCUGAGGUGGUCGCACGGCUCUACAAUGACGAAUCGGUUGUCUUCACUACAGAGGCCCUACCAGAGUUGCAUGAGAGCUAUGCAGAACCUAUCACGUUGAAGUUCAGUGAAAUGCCAGGUGGUGAGCUUUCUGCCGAAGAAGCCAAAACCAGGAUUGGCGAUGCAAGAGCUCGCGUAAUCUCUAUCAUCCUUGAUUGGGAGCUCAGCGGCAAUGGCUUUGGUCAGCGCGAGGAAGGUCACGAAGACUGGGGCCAUUUCAGUUCGGAGCAUUACUCACUCUCCAAUGGAGACAACCGAGCAAACUUCGUCAAGGUCCACAAAGGGCAGCGUUUCCAUCAUCUCUAUUUGUGGCAUCUAGCUGAUACCAUGGGUAUCCUGUCCAAUGUUUUGAAUGUGCUCUCCAAGAAUGUAUCUGCCGAUGGGAACAACACUCCAGCCACUGCUGUCACUCGUCGUCGCAGAAAGGCUGCAGAAUUGAAGGAAGAAGAACGCCAACAGAAGAAGCAUUUUCGCGAAAUGGUUGGGACUUCUCUAUCUGCCUUGGCCAUCAGCAGCAAAGAGGAAAACAUUCGCAUUGAAGAAGACAAGAUCGAGAAAUAUGUUUUUGCACAGCUUGAGGCACGCCUUGAUGGAAGCCUCGCUGGUCGCAGAAAGUCCAGACUCUACGGGCAGAUGAUUGCUCACCACAAGAGGAAGAGCGCUCAGCUUGGGAAGGAGCUCAGGUCCAUGAAGGAAAAGUAUUAUGCCCUUGCUGGCAUCAAUAUUGACAGCGAUGGAAACCAACAAGACCCAGAAGAAGAAGAGAAUGUCGAUGACUACAACGAGAACCAGAUGCAGCAGCUUGAGCAGGACGAACCAGCCACCGAUGACGAAGAAGAGGACAUUGAUGAGGACGAUUGA